CAACAGGGCCCAUUUGGUUGCGAGAAUCCCCGUCAAGAGUGUCUCAAUGAAAUUCAAUUCUAUAAAACUCACAAAAGUACAAUUGUUCGUGACCACGCUUAUCAUCUUAUCUAAGCGGUCCUUAAAAAACUCUAUUAAUACAGUGAAGUACUACUCCAAAAGACAUUGAUGGAAAGACAGAGCUGAUCAGUGGUUCAGCGGAGGCAUUCCGAAAACUUCAGAUACGCUUGUCAAAUAUGAAAUUAGGACUUAAAGAGCUUCCAGCAAAGCUAAGGGCAUUUUUUGCGAAAUUCCCACCAGAAACCGAGAAAGCUUGGUCCCUCGGUACAGCAAGGCCGAAUCCGUUUUUACCUGCAAAAAACGAAAUUACCGGUGCCUGGAGAGGCCCGGUGUACUCGAAUCGAAAACAGGCUGAUCUUUUUAAAUUGGCGAAGAUGCACAAUUUACAGCAUUUACUUCCUCGUCAAAAAACAUGGAAUGGUGAAAAGAAUCGCCGUAUAAUUCAAAGUGUUAUCCGGCCUAAAGGAAAAAAGUUUGAACGAAACAAAGAAGCUCGUCAAGAGAAGAAAAACACCAUUCUCCAGGAAGCACUUAAGAAAACUGAUGCUUUCAAACAAAAUUUGAAAAAAGAAAAGGCCUUGAAUUCAAGAAGUCCAAUUUAGUUGUUGGAUGUCUACUCGUUCUUUGUCAACCAGCAACCCUCUCAUCAUUAAUGUAAUGGUCCUAGUAGCAUUAAAGUAAUCAUGAUAAUAUAUCCCAACCAGUAUUCUCGAUCACUAUCGUUUCAUUCUCAUAACUCGUAAUCGUUCGUACUCGUACGCAAAUGUUUAAGGUGG